AUGGAAAAGGUGUUUGGAGGAAGAAAGCCGAUACUGAUACUGGAUCCAUAUGGGUUUCGGAUGAGCCAAAUACCAGAAUCGGAUUUACCUUUCCCUCCCCGGAAAGGGAAUUUAUACACCAUAGUUGAACAUACAUGUCCAAGGGCUGCUUAUUUCAAUUACAGGGAUAUUGAUCGGGGUAGGAAUCAGGGAUCGAAGUGCCACGACUAUGAGGGCCUCUCCUACACAUCACAGAGGCCAUUUGUGAUCAUUGAUCUUGCCAACCUAAGAAAAAUCACAAUCAACACGGUAGAUGAAACUGCAUGGAUUGAAGCCGGUGCUACAUUUGGUGAACUCAACUACCAAAUCACCAAAAAAGACGACACACUUGGUUUCCCAGCCAGUGUAUCCCCCACUAUGGGAGCUGUGAUGGGCAUAUCAGUGGAGAGGAGGUGGAGCCAAUUGAUCAGAGCUCCUCCUAAAGUGACCGUUUUUAGCAUCUCCAAAAACCUAGAGGAAGGUGCAACCAAGCUGGUUUACAACUGGCAAAAUGUUGCACACAAACUUCAUAAAGACCUAAAUCUGGAGAAAAUUAGCGAAGCUGAGAUUAAGGGAUUGUAUCUAGGGAGGAUUAAACGUCUAAUGCCAUUGAUAAACUCAAGCUCCCCUGAGUUGGAUUUGAAGGAGCAGGACUGCAGAGAAAUGAGAUGGCUUGAAUCCAUCCUAUUUUUUGACAAUGGAUACUCGAAGAAUGAGUCUACUGAUCAUCUACUGGUCAGAAAUUACCACGGAAGGGUGCUCUUCAAAUCAAAAUCAGAUUUCGUGACGGAUCCCAUUUCGGAGAGUGAUCUAGAAGGGAUACAGAAGAAAUUUAUAACGAGUAAGACUAUGUUUGGAUGA